AAAAUCAAACAAAAAACUUUUAUUGAUUUGAUUUGUUUGCGUUGAGAUUUUGUUUUUGUUCUAAAAUUUUUAUUAUUCAGCUUAACAAUAGCAAACGAAGUAAAAAUAAAAUUUAUCUAUUAAAAUAAAGUGAAUGUUGUAUCUAGUUCGCAUCAAAUAGCUGUCACAUUGAUCACAAAAUAUAAAAAAUUGUUUAUAUUUUAUAUCUUUCGUAUUUUGUUAAUAUUUCUUAUAUAAAAGUUAAGAGUAUAUAAAUAAAAUGCUUCCAAGGACGUAUUACAACGAGCAAGAUAUGAGAAAACGACAAAUAGACACAUUGAAAAUCUUCAACGAUAAUGUUAUAGAGAUUGAUGAAAACUCUGAGUAUCGGGUGGAGUUUACUGCUGAUGGCAAAAAUAUGAGCUUAAAUGUUGUACUGAGCCCUGAGUUUCCUAACGAGAAGCCUUCUAUAUACGUGAAUCCCGCUGUGCCGCAUCCCUGGCUUGCGGAGAAUUCGAAUCAAAUUGUUGGUGCCCCUGGACUUAUUAAUUACAGCUUACAUUCGGAUUUAGGACGUGUAGUCCAAGCUAUUAUACGUGAGUUCCAAAGGACAUUACCGAAUCUUACAAACAGUGAUGAUAAGUGCAGCGAUGUAAGCCCACAGUCUCAGAUCAGUGCUCAGUCCUUACUGUUCCCUGAGUUAGGAGAAUUGACUAUUGAUGAAUUACAGGAGAUAUUAGAGAACCCUGACUUACAGGACAAAAUAUUAGAAAACAAUCCACAACUAGUACAAUUGGAAUUAGAGACUGAAGAAAUAAUGAAUAGUAUCGAAAAUAUAGCACAAGACAAUAUUUCAAAACAGCAGUGUCUCGACGACUUGAAAACCGAAGUGAUUGACCGUAUAUCAACAAUUGUACAGAUGAAGAUGAACUAUGAGGAGUUACAUCGCAAACACCAAAAGCUAGCUGAUAUGUACGAUCCCCAUCGCAUCAGGGAUUGCCUGAAGGUUGCUGCUUUGCAAGCAGAUGAAGAUGCUGAGAAUAUAGCUGAUCAAUUUCUCUUAGGUAAGAUUCCAGUUGAAACAUUUGUAACAAAAUUCGCCGAGAAAAGAGCAUUGGGACAAGCAAGAAGAGCCAGGGAGGAGAGACUAGCUCAUCAGCUCGCACAACUUGACAGAGCGACCACUUAAAUAUAACUUACUUAAUAUUGGAAAGUUAAUGAAACUCAAGAUUAAUAAUUUUAAGUUACAAGAAGGUGAUCACUUAGCAUAGUACUAGGAAGUCACAUUUUACAUUUCCACUCAAAUAUAUGUUUACCAUCCCCUCUUGCCAUUACAUAUUUUUGACAAACUAAAAACACCGUUAGCUACUAGACAGAGUUCCUUGGUAUUUCAGAAAUAAUAAAUGCAGCAAAAUUGACUCUGUGUAAAUAUAUAAUGUGGGCUCUCGGCUCAUAGGAUGAUAAUGAGGUUUUUUUUUUAUACAACUUAGAAUGGCAAACAAGCUGGCGGCCCACCUGAUGGAAAGUGGUAACCGUCGCCUAUAGACAUGAGCAGUACCAUGGACAUAACAGAGUAUACUGUUUCGCCCAUGAUACCCCCAUGCGUUGCCAUUCCUGAGGACUCAGGUGUUAUUCCUCCGUACCCAGUAAAUUCACGCCACAUCCCACCCUUCAAACCGAACAGAAACACACAACUGCUUUAUGGUUGAAACACGAAUGAGGCAGAGGUACCCAAGCAAUCGACUUUUGUACAAAGUCUUCCUCUGGUGUGGAUUUGUAAAAUUCUUUCAUUAUCUGAAAAGAUAUAUUUACAGAUUGGUCCCAUUGUAAUUUUAUCAAAAUCGGUUCAGUAAUUUAGUUUUUAAAUCAAAACAACUGGUUUAGCCUCAAUUAAAGUCUUUUUUUGGGACACAGUCAUAAAUAUAGACAAUGAUAUUUGCCCUUUAUAUAUGUCAAAUAUCACGUAAACCUGUUAAUGAAAUAUUUCAUGUAUAUCGAACUAAAUUCUAGAUUAACAAGUGAGAUAACCGAAAUGUUUGUAGAUCGUAACUACUUUUUUUAAUAAUACUAUAAAUUUAAUAUGUAAUUGCUAAGAAUUUUCUAUGAAUAUUAAAAUAUGGUCACUGCUGUAAAGUGAAUGUAUAAAUUAUACCCUUAUAAUCUAAGUGUUUUAACUUAUUUAUUGUAACCAGUAUAAUAACACAAUAAAAAAACUUUUUUCACU